AUGGGUUCAAGACUUGCUUGGUAUGCUGGUAUCUCCACGGCUUUGGCAGGUGCAGUGGUCCUCUCUGCGUUCAACCAGCGCGCAAACUUUUAUUCGGCAUGCGUUUACUUGGCGCAGAGUAAUCUGUGUCUUAUGAUACUGCUUAAUUUGAUUCUAUUCGUUUUCUCCAGUUUCAUGUACGGACUUCAACGACUCUGCUAUGGCCCACUUCGUCCUAUCGAAAUUGAACAACUAUACGAGAAAGCCUGGUUCGCCAUUACGGAAACAUGUCUCGCCAUGACCAUAUUCAGGGAAGAAGUUGGGGCCUGGUUCCUCGUAAUGUUCGUUGCUCUUCUUACCGGCAAAGUCUGGGGAUGGAUAGGUGAUGGACGAGUUGAGAUUCUAGAACAACAACCACCCGCCAAUCCAAAGCUCUUCCAUAUUCGAUUAUCUGUAUCUUUGGCGGUUUCAGUGCUUUAUGAUGCGUGGUUGAUGAGCUAUACGAUCAAUACGGUGAUUCAACAGGCUAGGCCGAAUAUGAUGGUUAUGUUUUUGUUCGAAUUCGCGGUAUUAACUGUCUCGAGCUCUUCCACGGCUUGUAGAUAUAUCAUCUCGGUCAUGGAAUCGAGAGUGGUUAAGAAGCAGACCCAGGAGAGGUUGAUCGAAAGGAAGAGAGAAGUCAGAGAGGAGAGGGCAGAGAUGAUCAGACAGAGAGAAAUUGCGCGUGCGGAAGGUGGCGAGGAUUAUCAAGAACCUACUACGCCUUUGCCCUCUGAGGAUGAUGUUGAAGAAAUGGAUAUUGAAGUUCCAGGAUGGGAAGCAAAGGGCCAAUGGGUUCUAACCCUCGAUUUGGUGACGGACGCCAUGAAGUUGUCCAUUUACUCAUUCUUUUUCUUCAUUCUUUUCACAUUCUACGGUCUACCUAUCCAUAUCAUGCGAGAUCUUUUCGUUACGGCAAGAUCAUUCAUUAAACGACUUACCGCAUUCUUAAGAUAUCGCAGAGCGACUCACGAUAUGAAUUCACGAUAUGAAGAUGCAACUGUUGCAGAUAUUCAGAGGGAAGAUACAUGCAUUAUAUGCCGCGAAGAAAUGCGACCUUGGUCUGUAACAAAUCCACCAGUACCUGCUGGAGCACAACCUAGACCAGGGACGAUCAAUGAACGUACAAGGCCAAAGAAACUACCUUGCGGACACAUUCUUCAUCUAGGCUGUUUGAAGAGUUGGCUUGAACGACAACAAGUAUGUCCGACAUGUCGGAAUCCUGUGGUAGACACCCCUCAAGAUGCGCAAGCCAAUGCCAAUCGCAAUGAUAGAGCUAAUCAACCGGGUCCUGGUCAACAAGAUGGUCCUGCUGGUGCUCAACCACCAGCAGCGCCUGGUCGUGGCCGCGGAAUGCGUAUGCUUAAUCUUGGACCAAUCAGAGUGGGCUUUGGGCAGGCGAAUCUCAAUGAUUUCGCUGGCAUUCAAAAUCCUCCAGGAGGUCAGGCAAAUGCCGCAGGUGCUGGACCGAGGGUCUACGGUUUGGAAUUAGGUAUUCCCCGCAGAGCUCAGCCUCAAGCCCAACCAGCUCUUGUGAAUACUGGAGAGCAUGCUGCAAUAGCUCUUGACCAAUUACCACAACAUUUAGAAGAACUAGAACAACAAGUAGCGCAAGAAAUUCGAAAUUUACAGUUGAACCAGCAGCAGCUGCUAGUUGUCCAAUUAUUACAAGGCGAACUGUCGAGGCUGAGAAACAUACAAAAUAACGGCAUGGAUCCUUUGACAGCAAAUUUUCCCUUGCCGCAAUUGCAGUUGCCCCAGAUGUCCAACUUUCAACACACGCCACAUAUCGCCCCCUCAUUCAAUAGCCGACCAUCAAUUCAACCACAAAUGCAAAGACAUAGCGUACGAUCCAAUGCCUCAGCAAUACCAUCCGGUAGUGCUGACCUUCCACCUGGAGUUGUCAUACCAGAGGGUUGGUCACUUCUGCCAUUAGAAAGACUACAUAAUGAGCCUCCACCGGGCCAAGCAGGCACACCAGGGACAUCGACAGGACCUGCAGCAAUAUCAACAUCUGAUGACCCCGUUAUAGCCUCCACAUCUACCCAAAAUGUAGUCAGCCCUAUAAAUGUGGGAGGUGAAACCUCUAAUAUUAGCACUACGCCAAUCAAUGCCGAACAAAACCAUUCGCAAGCCGGCUCGCUUGAUUCUUCUGAAACAAACGCCAUUAAUACUCCGCCAUCUAUCUCAGCUGACCAAUCGGCGUCUACAAUUACUACUUCUAUAAAUCCAUCCUCUACAAAUAUCAGCCCAUCUGUUAAUCAUCCCAGUUUACCUAAUUGGGAAAAUCCGCAACUAUUUUCGGGAUCAAGCUUGGUGGGAAAUCAAAAUCUUGACGGUGCUCAUUCAGCACCAACUUCGCCCCCACAUGGUGGUGAUAAUUUAAUUCCUCAUGUUUCUCUUGAUGCGAUGACAGGUACUGGUGAGUCAACUAGUAGUUCGGCGGAGCACAGUGAGCUAAGAAUUGAUGAAGAUAGUGAGGUGAGAAGACGGGAGAAGGGAAAAGCCAAGGCAGCUACGGUUGAGGAUACAGUAGAUGAAGAGGAGUGA